UGUGCGUUCAUGUUUGAAAAGUGCUGUGGUGCCCGAACGAGUAUGAUGGUGUUUGGCUCAGCGAUGUGAGUGCGUUUUGGUUUCAACAGAACAAAGAAACUACGGGAACGAAAAAAAAACGUAUUGGGUAAGCAGUGACUAAACAGUACUUGUGCCCUGUGCCCCAUGCGGAGUGACUAAGACUUGGAUGUGUCGAAGCUGUCUUACAUGUACUCCUGCGGAAACGGCAGAGACGAUACCAGGUCCCCCAUCGGUUUUCUAUGAACCCAGGAACUUCUUCUGGAAGUGAGUGUGUAGUCUGCAACCAGCGUGCGAUGACUGUGAUCGAUUGAGCUUUAUGAAGAGCUUCGGGAUACUUCCAGUUACACAGGGUUCCUAUUUGAGAAACAUAGUUAUCCUGCUGGAGAAGAUGGGAUAUUCCCUACAGCUUCUCUAGACAUCACUGGAAAGACCGCAGCAGGGACAGAUCCUUGCAUAUACUUCAGCGCGAGACAAGCAUUCAAAAGUACAAUGCUGCUAAGCCAGGUGUCUGGGCAGACAACGGACCGGAGAACCCGGGACGAAGCGCCAUGCAGCACGAGUCCAACACAACUCCAUCAACCUCAACAAGGUGAUCACCCGCAGUACACCGCCAGACAUGUAGCACCGGCCUCGAGAACGUUACGAAUCUCCACACCGCAUAUCUGGAACGAGAGAACUACAUAAACCCAAUGGCAAGCGACUGCUUCGCUUCGCAAGACAACUCGCGUGUCAAGGAACUCCACAACGACGAUGCAGUCUUGCAAUAAGAGCAUUGUUGUUCCAUCGGCCAUCAUACAAGGAGCUGAUCCCCAAUACAUCUACAGUGCUGCCGGAGCUCUGCAGGAAGAAGACAGCAUGAACGUGUCCGAAGGUAACGGAACAGAGAACGUGACGCUUAUAUGGCACGAGAACCUCGUUGUUGUCAUUACGGUGUCCAUCUUGCUAAGCUUAGUCAUCGUCGCGACAGUCAUCGGAAACAUUUUCGUAAUGGCUGCGAUCUUAAUGGAACGCAACCUACGUACCGUCAGCAACUACCUGGUGCUCUCUCUCGCUGUUGCUGACCUCAUGGUUGCCUGCCUCGUGAUGCCGCUAGGUGCCGUGUACGAAGUUACUCAAGAGUGGGUGCUUGCGCCGGAGCUAUGUGACGUGUGGACGUGUUGCGACGUACUCUGUUGUACGGCCUCCAUUCUCCACCUUCUAGCCAUCGCCGUCGACCGUUACUGGGCCGUGACUUGUGUCGACUACGUGCGUCGCCGGGACGUGCGUAAGGUCGGCAUCAUGAUCCUACUCGUAUGGUCCGUCGCGUUCGUUGUAUCCAUCGCCCCGAUCUUUGGAUGGAAAGAUGAUGAUUUCCAUCGACGCGUCCUCAACGACAAGACGUGUCUUGUUAGCCAGGACGUUGCGUAUCAGAUUUUCGCGACGUGCUCCAGCUUUUACGUACCGCUCAUUAUGAUCCUUCUGCUUUAUUGGAGGAUCUUCAAAGUAGCCCGCCAACGAAUCAGGCACAAGCCUGGCGCGAAAGCUGUGCUUGUAGUGCAGAAGGACCCGUCCACAUCGUCCGCGUUGCCAUCGACCGAGAACACGCCGCAGCACGGCCCAACCGCUCAACUACGGCCCACCAGUCCUGCGCCGUCGUCAAGUAACGGCAUGAAGGCAGUGCAGGGAGGGAUAGGUCGACUUCUAGUGCUCACCAAAAGGGAGAGGAGGAAUGUCGAGGAAUCUAUCGAAUCACGCCGCGAACGAAAGGCUGCAAAGACAGUCGCCAUCAUAACGGGUGUGUUUGUUAUUUGUUGGUUGCCGUUUUUCGUUAUGGUAAUCCUAAUGACACUCUUCACGUCCUGUCAACCCAGCAAAUUGUUGUUCAGCUUCUUUCUGUGGCUGGGUUACGCGAACUCUAUGAUUAACCCCAUCAUAUACACGAUAUUUAGCCCGGACUUCCGCAGCGCGUUCGGCCGGAUUUUGUGCGGUCACAAGCCCGUCUAUAGGUGACAGCGAGGAGGAGCCAAAGUUGGCCUCCUGGCGGCCAAGAACUCUUCAUCGAAUACUCCCCCGAGUUUCGAACUGCAGUCCAGGCGAAACGAUGAAGUCUCCGUUACGGUUCAUGGUUUCGAGGACUGAGUUUGACAUCGUGCGCCGGAAGACGGGCGAAUUGCACGCUGGAAAUCUCCUACAUGAAACGCACGGUUGCGAACAGAACUUACCUCUUGUGACUUCCAUUCUCGUGGUGUAAGAUAUUAUGCGACGCUGCAUGGAAGUGUCUUCCGACAUUGAAGGGUAUAUGACUUCAUGCCAGUGCAAAGCCGAGUAACUUGUGGUCAACGCAUUCUGGCGACGCAAUGGUAGCCCUCGAAACUGGGACGUCGUAAAAUUGUUUGCCACAUACUGCAGAUUUCUGAAUUUCAAGGGUAGUUUGGUGGCCGGGGCUCGACACCUUACGCUCUCUGAAAAUUCGGAAAUAGUAGGAUGUGGCUGAAACGCUUAGAUGAUAUUUCUUUCAUCUUUAAUGUCUUUCGUUGCUUGUAUUACGACAGACGCUGCGAUUUUUAUUGGCGUCGUCAGCAGGCAGUACCCAAACAGUGGUCCAAAAGUUGGCAGAUACAAAACCAUGCAGUGGAGCUUGCUCUGGAGGCUGCCGAAUAAAGUCUGUGUUGUCUGAUCUUCAA